AGGACGACAACUACAGCAAAACGCGAGAGGACGCGCCUGGCGCUCGGUCGGCCGGGAAAGUCAGCGACGCAGCAAAUAACGAGGAGGAAACAACACUUCUGACCACUGCUGUGAAGAAAGUAACAGCGCCGUGGUCGCCAUCUUCAAGACAACUUCACGAUGUUGACGUAGCACCUCGAAAAAGGACCAGCCCCCGGAUCGUGCAGAUGACUUCUGACGAUUUUAUUCUUGACCGGGAUCGAAAAACAAAAAACCGCCCGGUUGCUGCGUCGACAAUAAGUCGUCAGGGAGAUGUUCCGACCACGCAGUUUGGGAGAAAUCCACUGGCUUCUGCGUCUAUUUCGUCGGUAGCUCCUGCAGCUGGAUCUUCGAGUCGCGGCACGUGGUUGACCACCAGCAGUACUAGAGGUACAACGAGAAGCCCUGGUGGUGAUUCUGCUCUGGACGUCUACAACAAUAACAGCACCAGCACCUCCAGCAGCAGCGCGUCGAGCAAGCAUCGGGACAUCCAUAUUGUGAGGAAAAAUCCCCCCUCCCCAUAUCGAAAACGAAAUUUGUGAUGUUGUAUUUGAGGUCACAAAUCGACUUGUCAUGCUAGAAGGCCAAGAGCCGCAGUCGUGGCCUCGUUUGCAGGCAAUUUGACAUGCUGUUUCCCGCUCUCAGCUGCCUCCUAUCAUGCUGAAGAUGCAAGGCUUGACCACGGCACCCAGCACUACAGUCCGCAUCUUUUCCCGUGUAGCAUGACAAAGCUGAUUUGUGACAACAAAUCUGCAUCACAGAGUUCCGUUUUGAUAUGGGGAGGGGGGAUUUUUCCUUUUGAUAAUCCACCUGGUGAAGAACAUGCAAACGCGGGCCUUCGAUUUCGAGGUGGAAAGGAAGAGUACGCAAAGUAGGGCGGAUUUGCGACAGGUCUUGAACUAUCCUGAGUAAAAACGUACCCACACCAGAGUCAGGAUGGGGAAUCGGCUAGACAAAUCCACAAGUUUUGGCUGUUUUGCAUGACAAAUUUGGACUCGUAGUGUAGUGCUUUUUGAGCUAGCUCAGCAGCAUCACAGAUCUAGCAUACCAUGCUGAUUGGAGCAUGACAAAUUGCGAAACACGAUUAGAAAAUGACUCGCAUGGGGCUCCGCAUGAGACACAUUUUCAGCAUGCAGAUUUGCAUUACAACUAUGGGGUGGGGACGUUUUUAAAUAGGAUAUGAACCGCGCCGAAUUCAAGGCCGCGAUCACGCAGAGCUUGCUCAAGCUGUUCGCGUAUCAAAUGUAAAAAUGUCUGGGUCUGGAAGAUUGCCAGGUUUGUCAUGCACAUUUUGCAUGACUCCUGAUGUCUGUGAUGCAUGCCCUAGCAUCACAGAUUUCGUGAGGGCUUCCUGAUGCGCAUACCGCAUGACAAAUGCUCUUUCCGUGUAGGAAAACUUGGACUCUCUUUGCUGCUCAUGCCAUACAGAUUUUUUUAGAAUCCAAAAUCAGCAUGACAAGUUGGAUUCUUCCAGACCCAGACAUUUUUACAUUUGAUAUCGCGCGCCACGGUGCUGUCGAUCUGGACCCGCGACAGUUGGAGUCGGUCACCGCGUCUCUUCGGGAGGACGGGACGGAAAAUAAAAAAGCGAGCACUCUUCAAGAAAAAGGGCAUUCUUCUUUUUCGAAAGGAGGGGAACGAGUCCCUCGUCCACAGCGAGAGGAAGGACCGGAAGAUGGGCCAGCGCGGGCGGAGCAUUAUGAUCAGAACGGAGCGCGUUCUCAUAGUCAAGGCCUCCUGCUGCGCAAGGAAGCUGAAGCAGAGCCGCGGGGGAAGGAAGGGAAUAAGCGGGAAAAGAACCAGUUCUACUCGCCUCGUCAUGCCGCGUCAUCGAACAGGAGUGACAGCGGCAGCCGGUUGCUGGGUAAUUUUGUCGCAACCUCGACCGAGAGGGAGGUCGUGCACGUGCAGUUCGUGAUCAAGCCCUGGAUUCGGUCCAACUCGACGCGGGGCAUUCGCGCAAAGAGCGGGUUUCUGAACGACAUUUGGUCCUCGCGAAACGAGAGCGCCACGCUGGACAGCAGCAAGGGCAUGCUGCUGGAACUGGUGGACCACGUGGAGCAGGAAGUCGCGUCCAUCCCCGCACUGGCGGCCUCCUUGACAGUGGUGAACAGUGCUAGCGUGCUCGCUGCGUCGAGCGCAGCGGGUGGUCAGGCGAGUGGUAGUACUGCGGUAGACCAUCACGCUAGCGGUGGUCAGGAACCGCAGCAGCCGGGAAGCGGGUCCGCGGCUAGCGACGAAGCCGCCGCCACGAAAGUUACCACACCUAGUCCCACGACGGACACUGUCGCUGGCGUGGUGAAUGAAAAGCAAGAUAAAAAUUUGGAUUCUCCUGCUGCGACGACGACAUGGACAAACACAAACGCGGCGGCGGCCGGCGACGGCCACGGCCACGGUCUGGAUGCCGAACGUGUUUUCUACGGCCUGCUCGCGGGCUUUUUUGCGGCCGCGGGAAUUUUCCUGUACGCGGUCCAGUACGCGAAACCCGCCUACUCGGUCGGCGAAAGAGGCCGUGAACCAAGCGAGGAGGGGCAGCGGACCGCCGCUCCAGCCGUCGGUUUGGGUGACGAUGAAGUUCUUGCACUGCAGAAACUACACGAGAAGGACGACGUCGAGGCGGAAGGCGAGCCACUGCUUUCGGGGACGAGAGGGAAGGAGGAACACGAUCUUGGAGCGCCCGCACCAUCUGCGGCGCAUUCCCGGGAAGUAGACCCCGGUAAAUUUGCUGUUGUGGAGGGAGAGCAAGCGCCGGUGGUGGUUGCGGCGCAGGACGACGAAGAGGGCGAGCAGCGCGUUGUGUUACUAGGUCCAGAAGAGCCGUCUGCUAGCGGAGCAGCGGCUUGUGCGGGGGUGGAGAUCCCGCCUCCUAAGGUGACCGAUCUGGCUGCGGGAGGGGCGCAGCAAGGAGAACUUGUUUCAGCACCUUUACCCCCAGAAGUCCAGGACGAGGAGAGCGGGAUGAUGACGAGAGCGAGCGUCAUUCCAACAGCCGAACAAGGAGAAAGAGCGUCAGCAGUUUUGGCAGCAGAGGAAAAAACGGGAGUCAAAGCCGAGCGCGCCAAUAAGCGGCAACAGGCCGCUGCCGAGGCGGUAGCCGUGAACGAAAGGGCAUAG